AUGUCACACCAGCUUCGUAAAAGCAACAAACCCAAACGUGACAGGACCAAGGGAAGAUAUGCGCUCGUCGUCAAGCGGGUGAUCGAUGAGCGCGGACGAUACGAUGAAACCCAGAUCGAGAUAGAAAGCAAAAAGUUACUCGAUCUUUUACUCGGAAUCAAUGACGACGUAGAGGGCUGCUCGCUAAGCAAAGGACACAGUCGUAUCUCACCAAAAUUCCUAUUUCACUCCUAUGAUGCCCUCCGGGAGGCUCUGCGGAGCGAAGAAGGUAGCGCGGAUAAGGAUGAGGCGUUCAUAUACGACAUCAAGAGCGCCCUUCACCUCGUCGAGGUUGACGAAGGUACUAGCAUUCGUGAACUGGAGGCAUCUUUGGAGAAGAAAGAAAUAGCGUACGAGCUGCUUUGGGCCCUAUUCAAGCCUAACACGCUCGUGUUCAACUACCACUCCGAAACCGAGGAGUCUCGAAUUCUACUCUUUCGCGACGGAGUGUACGGCAAAACGGAACAAGGCGUCCCUUACUUCGGCUUGAAUUGCGACAUCAUACACAAUGACGGCUCUCUCUUUGGAGUUGCGCGAGUCAAUUUACAGAUCAUGGGAUAUCGAGGCUCGCGGAGCAUUACGACUCUUUCGGCAUUUCCGCUGAGCCUUCACGCCGACCAUGAAAACAUUUAUAAUAUGGCAGUAGAGCGAGGCAUGCGGCGUGCACGUUUGGAAACGCACACCUACCAUGAAUUCAGCGGAUACGCCAUUCGUGAAAAGGAGUCGUUGGGAAACGUUUCCACAGAGAAGUCCUACUCUUCAGGACGCGUAAUGAUCAGUCCCUUGGCCUUCAAGCAAUUCAACCCAGAAUGCUCGUACAACCCAGAGGUUGUCAAACCCCUCUCUGAGGAUAGUCUCUCUGAUGCCGAGUACUCAAUAUGCUCCCCUAUCGUUCUUGGGUUUGCCUUCAACGAGAAGUUCUGGGGUGGAUUUUCGAUGUCUCGACUUGAGAAGGUCAUUUGGAAUGAUGAUGCGUUCGACCUUCUCGUUCUCGAGCACGAGAGAAAGACGCUCAUUCACGGUCUCGUGAAAUAUCAUGCCUCUCGUGAGCAUGCCAAUUUCGACGAUAUUAUCCGGGGAAAGGGGAAGGGAUUGAUUGGCCUGCUUGCGGGAAGUCCUGGAUGUGGGAAAACACUGACAGCAGAAGCGGUCGCCGAGGUCACACACAAGCCGUUGUAUGUUGUCAGCGCGGGAGAGUUGGGAACGACCCCGGAACACGUCGAGGCACGAUUGCUACGGGCACUACAGCUUGCUCAAACGUGGGAUGCGGUGCUGCUACUAGACGAGGCAGAUGUAUUUCUGCAGCAACGCAGCACCCUGGAUAUCACUCGGAACUCCCUCGUCGCUAUUUUUCUGCGCCAACUGGAGUACUACAAGGGAAUCAUGAUUCUCACCACCAAUAUGGCCCAGAACUGCGACGGCGCUUUCGAGAGUCGUAUUCAUUUUUCGGUUCAAUACCCCGACCUUGACUUCGAAGCGCGAAAGAAGAUAUGGAAGACAUUCUUCGAGCGUGCUCAAGUGAGCAUCACAGAUUCCGAAGCUAACCAGCUGGCAGAACAUCCCAUAAACGGCCGUCAGGUGGGAGCGUUUCAACUGGGGUCAAACAGAUAG